AUGAAUUCAAAUUACAAAUUAGUGUUCGCAAUAGUUUUGCAUCUACUGACGCAGUGUUACUGUUCCAUUGGUUCCAGCAUAAAGCCGGACGACCUAACCAUCAAUGAUAGAUACGAUGCGUUAAUCGCUUGUUUGGUGAAAAACGGGAUACGCGACGGGAAACUAUAUCCUCGCAACGAUGGUCCCGAGUACGAGGAAUUGAAUUAUCAAUGGAACACUGUGUGGGGUCAUAUGGCACCAUUGCUUUACUUGAAGGCUAAAUCCACUAGAGACGUUCAAGUUGGCGUUAUUUGUGCUACGAAAACAGAAAUUCGUUGCGUACCCCGGAGCGGUGGUCAUUCGUAUGCGAAAAAUAGUUUUGGUGAUGAAAAUUCACUGGUGAUCGAUUUGUCGUCGUUGAAUUUCUUCAAGGUUAAGAAGAAGAAAAUGAUUGCCGAUGUCGGUCCGGGUGUCUUGAACAGCCAGGCUAUGUACGAUGGAUGGAAAGAGGGUUGCUUAGUAUCGCAUGGAAUUUGUCCGAGUGUUGGCUUCGGAGGUUUGCUGCAGGGCGGCGGGUACGGACACUUUUCCCGAUUAUUGGGAAUGGCUGCGGACAGUGUAAUUGGAAUGGAAAUGGUUGACGCAAGUGGGCGGUUGAAUGUCGUAAACAAUUUCACCAACACUGAUCUGUUUUGGGCACUCCGAGGUGGAGGCGGCGGUAAUUUUGGCAUUGUCACCAAGUUUACUAUCAAAGUCUAUCCGUCACCGCGAUCGAUCAUUUUCGGAGCAUACGAGUACUCGUUUGCGAAAGAUUUUCGUCAGGUUUUCAUUGCCUGGCAGAAGCUUGUCUAUAGCGAUCCUUAUUUAUCGCAAAGAAUUUUCUGCAUGAUCGAAAUGGAAUUGGAUCGAAUUAGCAUGCGGUUUUAUGGCAUAAAUACUGGAAACGAUCCGGAUAUGACUGAAAAAUACUUUGACGAAUUGUACAAGUACAUGGGCUUCCCAGAACCGGGACCGGGCAGUUCGCUCAAAACUUAUACGCAUGAACAGUUCAUCAUUAGGGAAGCUCAAAUGUACUCUGACACGCCGUUAACCGACAUCGCUCAAGUAGGUAAAAUGACCAGACACAACAAAGUUUACAACAAAAAGGUGAAAUCGUACUUCGUCGACAAGAUAUUAAACGAGCAGGAAAUUGACAAACUAAUCGAACUAUUGACCGCGUAUUUACCGUAUGCCGGUUUGUAUUGGGAAUAUAAUGGCGGCAAGGUCACCGAAAAUCCGGGCACAUGUUUCCUACAUCGGCUCAAGGCUUCGUACUCCACUCAACUUAAACCACUCAAUAGUUCGGGCAAGCUCAAGGAUGUCAAUGGAGAUGCUGCGAAAAUACGAUUUUUCGAAGCAACCAAACAACUUUUGAAUCAUCGGACAUCGUACCAGAAUUAUAUCGAUAGAGACAUGCCCGAUUAUCUGCAACGAUUCUAUGGGCCGGCGUUGUGGAAACUGUAUCGUAUUAAAGCGAAAUGGGAUCCGACUAACGUAUUCUUCAGUUGUGAAUCCAUUCCAGUGUUUCCAGGACAAAGGAGGAUUUGCAAUGUGUAA